AUGAGUUUUAUAACACCGGCUGCGGUCAAGGCUAUCGCCUUGAGCGUGGAUGUUACACAUUUAACUGAGGAGGCCGCAAAGGCGCUCGCACCGGAUGUGGAAUAUAGGCUGCGAGAAGUCAUCCAGGAUGCGCUCAAGUUUGCGCGACACUGUAAGCGAACGAAACUUACAAUCCAAGACAUCAACAAUGCGAUGCGGCUUCGUAACCUCGAGCCCAUGUACGGUUUUCUGGGCAACAACGACCCGGCCAAGUUCGUUCGCGCCACGGGCCACUCCGAUGUCUAUUUUGUCCAUGACGCCAUGGUGCCGCUGGAGCAGAUAACCUACGCGCCGCUGCCCAAGGCGCCCAACCACACCACCGUCAUGCCACACUGGCUGUUCAUCGAGGGGGUGCAGCCGCACACGGAGGAGAAUGCGGCGGUGGAGAGGCCGCCGCCCCCGGCCAAGCGGCCGCGGCUAGCGGCGGCAGGGGGACCCGGCACCGCGGGUUCGGUUUCGGAGCGUGUUCAGCUGCCGGUGCAGCACAUACUGUCGGACGAGAUGCAACGGCUGUUGGAACAGGUACGAGCUGUGUGUCGUGGCAACGCUAUCGCUUUUGUGUUUCGCCGGUCUAUCCCGGGCUCCUGCAGUGGUGAUCGGGCUUGCAUGCAACAGCUGCUCCCCUACCUGACCAAGUUCGUGUGCGAUGAAGUUGCUGGGGGGCUGAGGCACCUGCCCCGGCUGCAAAUGGUGCUGAGGGUGAUGCAGGCUCUGCUGCUGAACCCCUCGGUCCAGUUGGAGCCCUACCUGCACAACCUGAUGCCGCCACUGCUGACGUGCUGCCUAGCUAAGGCGCUAGGUCCCGGUCCCCGUUGCGACCACUGGAGGCUGCGGGACUCUGCGGGCUCCCUGGUGGCGGCGGUGUGUGGCCGCUUCGGGGAGCCCUUUUACAGCCUCAAGGUCAAGGUGUCGAAGCAGCUCCUCCGCGCGCUGCUGGACGGCUCCAAGCCGCUACCCAGCCAUUACGGUGCCGUGAUGGGCCUGGCGGCGCUGGGACCCGCCACCGUUAGGCUGCUGCUGCUGCCACACUUGGAGCCCUACCUGGCCAAGUUGCAGCCGGCCCUGGAGGCGAGGCAGGAGGGGAUGAGGCAGUACGAGGCGACGCGGGUGUACGGCGCACUGCUGACAGCGGCAGGCACGGCGAUGUACGACAGGCUAGUGGGUACGGCGGCGGAUGGGCUGCUGCCGGUUCACCUGUUCCGGGCGGGCAGGUGCGUGUGCGUGUGCGUGUAUGUAUGUAUGUGUGUGUGUGAGGUGGAGGGGGGUGAAGAGGGGAAAAGGGAGGUGAGGCACGAGCUGGUGCCUGUGGUGUUUCCAGCAGCACCUGAGGUUGUAUUCGGGUGUAGGGUGUAG